AUGUCAGGUGUAAUUACGCGAAACUUGUUAAUCCUAGGCGACGACGCGGCGAGACUAACAGAGGCUGGUUCCGUUUGUUCGCAGAUUGGAGCACUGAAGGAAUACUUCCUGUUCGCUGACAAACGACUUCACAAGAGAUCCCUCUCCAGCAGCGAGUCGCAUCACAAGACGCUGAGGGACGAGCCGAGGGUACGGUGGUUCCAGCAACAGCAUGAGAAGAAACGGAAGAAGAGGGACUUCGUGCCGACGUCGUUCGCGUUCGCCGAUUAUCCGGCGUUCUUCGACGAGUUCGGGCCGCGUUCUAGGCAGGCCACGUACCACCGACAAAGAAACAGAGGUGUGCCUCUUCAAAACCUGUUCACGGAUCCGCUCUUUAAGGAACAGUGGUACCUGAACGGCGGAGCCAAGGACGGUUAUGACAUGAAUCUUGGCCCAGCGUGGCAGAAGGGUUACACUGGCAAGGAUGUCGUCGUGUCGAUCCUCGACGACGGCAUACAGACAAAUCAUCCGGAUCUGGCUUUGAAUUAUGAUCACCAAGCCAGUACGGACAUAAAUGACAAUGACAAUGACCCGAUGCCAAGAGACAACGGUGACAACAAGCACGGGACACGUUGCGCCGGCGAAGUUGCCGCGGUUGCCUUCAACCAAUAUUGCGGCGUCGGCGUUGCUUACAAUGCAAGCAUCGGAGGCGUGCGAAUGCUCGAUGGCCCGGUAAACGAUGCCGUCGAAGCCAGAGCGCUGGGAUUGAAUCCUGAUCACAUCGAUAUAUACAGCGCGUCUUGGGGCCCGGAAGACGACGGGAAAACCGUCGAUGGCCCAGGCCCUCUAGCCAGGAGGGCGUUUAUCUACGGUGUCACCAGCGGUCGCAAAGGCAAGGGCUCCAUAUUCGUGUGGGCGUCCGGCAACGGUGGCCGCCACACGGACUCGUGCAACUGCGACGGCUACACCAACAGCAUCUUCACGUUGUCCAUCUCGAGUGCGACGCAGGGCGGCUAUAAACCCUGGUACCUCGAAGAAUGCAGCUCGACCCUCGCCUCGACCUACUCGUCCGGCACGCCCGGCAACGACAAGAGCGUCGCCACCGUGGACAUGGACGCGAAACUGAGACCGGAUCACAUUUGCACGGUGGAGCACACGGGCACUUCCGCCUCGGCGCCGUUGGCCGCCGGAAUCGCCGCGCUGGCACUCGAGGCGAACCCGAGCCUCACCUGGAGGGACAUGCAGUACCUGGUGGUGCUCACGUCGAGGUCGGCCCCGCUCGAGAAGGAACCCGGCUGGAUCCUCAACGGGGUGAAGAGAAAGGUCUCCCACAAAUUCGGUUACGGCCUCAUGGACGCCGGUGCGAUGGUGAACCUGGCCGAGCAGUGGACCAACGUGCCGCCUCAACAUAUCUGCAAGUCCGAUGAGAUCAAUGAGGAGAGGCGUAUCGAUCCGACCUACGGGUACACGCUCAGCGUGUCCAUGGAUGUGACUGGCUGCGCUGGCUCCUUGAACGAGGUCCGGUUCUUGGAACACGUGCAGUGCAAGGUAUCCCUGAGGUUUUUCCCGCGUGGAAAUCUGAGAUUGUUGCUGACUUCUCCGAUGGGCACCACGUCGACGUUGCUGUUUGAGAGACCGCGGGAUGUUCUUAGCUCGAGCUUCGACGACUGGCCUUUCCUCAGCGUGCAUUUCUGGAGCGAGAAGGCGGACGGUCGAUGGACACUGCAGAUCAUUAACGCAGGAAAUCGGCACGUGAAUUCUCCAGGAAUCCUGAAGAAGUGGCAGCUGAUCUUCUACGGCACCGCGACCAACCCGAUCAGGAUACGAACGCGGCAAUUUAACCCGGUACAAGCGCAUUCUUCGUACGCCUCCGUGCAUUAUCCAUUCCAUGUAGACGAUGAUCCGCUAGCACUGGGCCAUCGCGGCGACGUCGACUUCUUUCCUUCGUCUAUCUUUCAGGGCUACCAGGGCUACCCGUACGUCGGCGCUGCGUCAAACGUGCAGGCAUCGGUGGCCACUUUGGACGGUUCUUCCGCGCCGAUCUUGACCAAUCGACUGCCCGGAGACACGUCCUCCUCCUACGAUUCGCCGUCGUCCUCCUCUCAAGUCGGAGACGACUCGCUGGACACUACUAGAAAGAUACUUCACGACUGUGAUCCUCAAUGCGAUCCUCAGGGAUGUUAUGGGAAAGGGCCGACGCAGUGCAUCGCUUGCAAGAAUUAUCGAUUGGACAACACCUGUGUCAGUCGGUGUCCACCGAGGAGCUUUCCGAAUCAAGGUGGCGUCUGUUGGCCUUGCCAUGAAUCCUGCGAGAUCUGUGCCGGAGCUGGCCAGGAUUCCUGUCUCUCCUGCGCACCUGCUCACCUACGAGUUACUGACUUAGCCGUGUGUCUUCAGCAAUGCCCCGAAGGAUACUACGAGAAUACGGAGAACAGUACGUGCGUGCCGUGCGAGGCGAAUUGUGCCAGUUGCCAAGACAGGCCGGACAAAUGCACCAGCUGCGAGCAUCACCUGGUUAUGUACGAAAACAAGUGUUACGCAGCGUGUCCCCUGUACACGUACGAGACGCAAGAUUACAACUGCGCGCCGUGUCAUUCCACCUGCGAGACCUGCAACGGCACCGCGGAGAACCAAUGCAUCUCCUGUCGACCCGGAUUGUUUUCUCUGAACGGAACUUGUCGAGCGUCCUGCCCACUCGGUUACGGGGCCGACAAGAAGCGUCGAGAGUGCGUCCGAUGCCCGCCCGGAUGUGCCACCUGCGCCAUGUCGACGUGCACAAGUUGCGAGGAGGGCUGGAGCUUGAACGAGGAAAGCCUCUGCGCUCCUGAGCAUCGUGAUCGUUGCGACACCUCCGAAUAUUACGAGAACGGCCACUGCAAGCAGUGCCACACCUCGUGCAAAACCUGCGCUGGAUCCGGAGAGGAUCACUGCAUUUCCUGUCAGACGUCGCUGCUCUUGCAAGGGAAACGAUGCGUGUAUCAGUGCGACGACGGUUAUUAUUCGAUGGCGCAGCCCUCUAGGCCCGUCUGCGUACCUUGUUUGCACACUUGUAAAACGUGCGUGUCUCGACUGAACUGCACCGCCUGUCAAGAUGGACUGCAACUGCAGAGCGGCGAGUGUAGAUCCUCGUGCGCUCAGGGAUAUUACAGCGAUCGAGGCCAGUGCGCGAAAUGCUACCUCUCGUGCAAAACGUGUUCCGGACCGAGAAGAGAUCAAUGCGUGACUUGUCCACGUGGUUGGCAACUAGCUGCGGGCGAGUGUCAUCCGGAGUGUCCCGAAGGAUUCUUCAAAUCCAACUUCGGCUGCCAGAAGUGUCACCAUUACUGUCGCACGUGCAAAGGAGAAGGACCGAUGGAAUGUACUUCUUGCCCACCCCACUCGAUGCUGGAGGGCGGCCUCUGCAUGGAGUGUCUUGGGGCGCAAUACUACGAUCCUCUGACGCAGCUCUGUAAAAAUUGCCACUCCGAUUGUAGAAGGUGCACUGGCCCAGGGAAAUUUAGUUGCGCGGCUUGUUCGCCACCGUUGCAUCUCGACAAAUUGAACAACCAAUGUGUACCUUGUUGUACGGGUAACGAGAAAGGAGCAUUGGCUGAAGAGUGCUGCCUCUGUGAUCCAGAAACUGGUGGCUGCAGGAACAGCUCGCCAGCUGGCAAAAGAAGAGUGCCAGGAACAGAGUUCGUCCCGGCUGACACAGCCAUUUCUGAAGUAUAUGCAAACUACGAGGGGACAACCGAUAAAAACGAUUCAGCUUCGUUGGCGAUAACAGCGACCACAACCAUAGCUGUCGCCAUUUGUCUCAUAUCUGUUGCUCUGUUCGCUACUAUAUUCAUCGCUCUUCAGGCAAUGUCGGGCAGGAGAGAAACGAACAAGGGUUACACGCAGUUAGCCGUGAGGGUGGAACCUCCGGACGACGCAUACGCGGACGACACGACGGAUUUGAUGACCUAGACCCUUCGCCAAUCUAACUGAACCAUCGGACCUAUCAUCGACCCAUUGGACGAAGGUCACCCAAAUCUCAAGACCACCGAAUGAAACAGCCACCCACUCGCGUGUCGGUUUUAUUGCAAAAUCUGUGACGAUCGAGAUGCUCGAUCAAAGAUCGUUCAGAGUGGUCCGGGGUGAAAAAAAAAAAAAAAAAAAACAGAACAAAAACAUUAUUUAAAAAGAAGAAAAACAAAAAAAAAAGAACAAAAUAAACGUUAUAUGUAUCGAAAGAAGAGGAGGAGAAGAAACGAGUGACGAAGAGGGAGAAAAGAAUGUAAAAAUUCGGAUGGACAAAAUGGCGGGAGAAUGACGAAAACGUGAUAGUAAAGACGACGCGUUUCUUUUUUUUUUUCCUUUUUUUUUUUUCUUUUCUGGCGCAUUGUACGAAGAAAGUGUGACAGUUUGUUCUCGCUAUAAUACGAUGAAAUCGGCACAGUGCGGUUGCGUGAAUGGCGAUGAACGAGGUGUUUUGGUGUACAUCUGUUUUUUCGAACGGUCAGGCGCGUCGCUGAUUCUGCCGACGUGCAUAAUCACGCGCCCACGAGUGUGUUAGAACGGCGAAUUAACUUUUUUGAAAAGCCGCGAGUACUCAGAUGGUUUCAUAGACGAGCGACACGAAAAGGGCGACGGACAUUAUGAAGUGCCUGAUUUACAACGCCCUUGACACAGCACCCGUUUCGUCUGCCCUUUUUUAGUGCCUCCUAUCCUGACCGCCGUCGUUGCACCCUUUACGGAAACAGGUUUGUGAAUCGAAAUCGAACAAGUAUCAUACUUAAACGAGCUAUCGAAGAUCAAUACGGUGCGUACACUGUGUGACUGACUUGUAUUUAACCCUACUGUUCUCUUCAUCUUCAUCAGAUGUUUUUUUCUUUCUUUUUGACAAUAUUUCAUUUAUGAAGAAAAUAUAGAAAAUAUAGAAAACGAUAGUAAACUUACGUUGGAUAUUAAUAUAGACCUGGAGAGAGCAGCAGAGUUAAUUACUGAUACUUUUACGAGUCUCACUGAUAUGACUUUCUUUGUUUUUAUUCCUUUCUUUUUAAUAUAUUUGACGAUUCCUCACGCGCGUUACAUGACGAAGAGCACUGCGUAUUGAUUUCAAUUACGGACCAGUUUAAUGUAAUUCGGAGAAUCUUUGUUAACCGGGCUCGCUUGGAUUCAUAAUCUCCAAGAGAGUGAUUUCUUUAUUUGUAAAUACAUAUAUUUUGAUAUCUUGUUUCAUUUCUACAAAAUAAAUUUCAACUCGCGAAAAUUGGGUGAAAGUUCAUUACCUACGAGAAUUUUCGAGUUUCUCUAGACGACAAAAGUUGAUAAAUUUAAACAAGUGAAAUUAAAUAGCAAACGAAGAGUAGGAAAAUUAUCGUUUGCAGUGAUUGUAUCAGUAAUGAUAAAGAUGAAAUUUCAAUUAACAAUGUAUGACCCGGUUAACAGAUUGUUAGAAAUAUUUCUUCGGAUAAUGAGAGUGUGAAAGUUGAAGGAUAGGGUAGGUUGACCAAAAGAGGAAGGCGAAAAAAGCCUUCAUAGGAGAAAAGGAGUAAAGGGAUUUGUUUCUGUGAAGAGAAAAAAAAAAAAAGUAAAGGGUUCGCAUGGCUUCGUUCUUGUGCAACGAACAUACCCAACAUCAUAUGUGCGUCAGAAGCAUACGAGCUCAGGUUUCUUCGUGAUCCAGUCAUUCCGUCGUGAACGAAACAGCCGACUUGCGUUUCUUUUGUAACUGUUGUUAUUAUUGCAUUGUCUAUGUAUUUUUUCUUUGUUUAUAUAGUAUUCUGCUAUACAUUUUCCGCGUUGGUCCAACGCCGUUCGUUUUAUUCGUUAUCACAAUGAGAAAAAUAAAAAAAAAGAAGAAGAAGAAGAAAAGAGAGUGAGAAGAAAGGGAGAGUGACAAAAGAAAGAGACCAUACACGUUGAUCGUACCACACACACACACACACAUAUAAACACACACACGAGAAGCUUUCUUUUUUUAAUAAAAAAAAAAAAAGAGAAUACGAGAGUGUGAGAGCGAGAGAGAGAGGGAGAGAAAGAGCGCGAGAGAAAGAGAGAGAGGGAGAGAGAAAAUAUGCAAAAAAGAACACACGAAAAUGAGUCCUCGGUAAAUCGGUACCUUUAAGAGCUAAUUGUCCGCGCCUACCGUGUGAAUAUUGAAUUUCUCUUCGUGAUUUGAUAUAAAGCUAUUAUUGUACUUUUAUGAUGAACGCGAUUAUAAAUAUAUACAUAUACAUAUACAUACAUAUAUAUAUAUAUAUAUAUAUAUAUAUAUAUAUACAU